AUGAAGAACUUCCUGCAUUAUUAUGAUGAAUUCAAAAAGCAUACAUAUCAAGUGCAUUUAUUAAUUUAGAAUUUAUAGCUCCAUUUCAAGAAUGGCGAAGUAAUAAAACUUGAUGGUUAUUCGAUUUACUGUAACAGAAUAAAUAGAAGCCAUUCAAUAAUAGCAAUUUUGAUAUUAGCCCCUUUAAGAGUAGUUAAGAAUAACAUAUUUUAUUACAGUUUAAGUAUUCUGUCUUUGAUAUUGUUGACAUCGAUAUGGUCUAUGUAAUGAGAAUUAUGAUAUCAUAGAGAUACACCACAAUAUGAACUUUAUUUCGUUUUUUCAUUUUAAUUGUUUGCUCAUAUAAGUGUAGAACUUUAUAAUAAAUUGAAAAUAAAUGGACUAGAUAAAAAAUUAAACAAUCAAGAAAAUAAAAUACUGAAAUAAUGGGAUGAAUGUAUUAGCAAUAAAGAAAUAUUAAAAAGAAUCAAGUAGAAGGCAACAACAAAACAUAGAAUAGAUGAUGUAAAAGAGAGAGAGAGAAAGAUUUCUUUUAAAAAUAACGAAAACUUGCAACGCUAAUAAAGUCAAAGGAGCAGAUCAUCUGGAUGUAUUGUAGUUUAAUUAAUUUAGUACAAUCUUAACUAUCUCGAUAAUCUUUAAAUUAGCUUAGAGUUAAAAGUCCAUCUAAUUAACAUUUAGAUCGAUUAGAAAGAAUAGGCUCAAGGUUUUCUGUAAUGAGUCCACUGAUUUUAUAAGAUAUGCAAAUUAAGAAUUAAUAGAAAAUUAAAUUAGUAUAGGAUCCAGCAAUUAAAGGCUUUAUGGAAUAAAUGCCUAGUAUGUUUGAUAACAACAAUUAAAAAAUGAAAAAGCCAUUAGAAAAUAAUAGAGGCAUAAAAAAUACUGAUAAGAUGGAUCUUAUUAAAUCAAUAAACUCUUCUGAAAUUUAAAUUGGAGAUGUAAUAAUAGUAGAAAGGAAUUAAAUAGCUGCAUGUGAUAUAUUAGUAUUAUAUUGUAAUGAUGAAAUUUACACAGUAUAAAAUUAAUUAUGUGGUUUUUCAGAUAAAACUAUUAGAAAACCAUUAAUAUUAAAUAAAUGUAAAUAAUACUAAUAAUUAUUAGUUGAUUCACAUAAUUUAGUGUUAUUCAAAAAGUCAUUCACAGGAACUAUAUAAAUAAUUGAGAGUUCAAAUAGUAUGUAGGGAUAUUUUUAGUUAAAAAAAGAUCCAUAAUCAUAUAUAGUAUCAGAUGAUAAUUUUAUAUUUGCAUAAGAAAAGCUUUUGAAUACUCCAUGGGUAAUUGGAGUUGUUAUUAAGGUAGGUUUGAAAUGUCGAUGUUAUAAGCAUUUUUAAAUUAAACCUUAAGUUUCAAAUUAUCCUUAAAAUUUAUUACUAUCACUUGUGUGUAUAUAAAUAGCAUUUUUAAUUGUAAACAUAUAAUUAUUAAAUUAAUAGAUAAUGUAUAUAAUAAUUUCCUAAAUAGAGAAUAUAAAACAUUAUAUAGAUAUAAUGGAAUUAAUCUUUGAAAGUUUAAUGCAUUUAACAUUUCUAUUGCCAAACAGUUUUUCAUUCUAUUAUUCGAUAGCUGCUCUUUAUCAAUAAUAAAUGAUUCAAAAAAUAAGUUAAUUAGACAUUAAAUAAAUAAAAGACUUUCAUCCAGAAUAAUAUUAUAAUAUCCAAAGAAUAUCAAUGAAUUUAGAUAGUGUUCUUGAUGGUAAUUUUGAACUUAAAAGUGUAAUUUAUAAUAAUUAAAUAUGUUAUUGUAAAGAAUCAGAAUUAAUAAUUCAAGCUUAAGAGAGAACUUCAUCUUUAAAUAGUUAAAAAUUAUUUAAAACUGUUGAUUCAAAAGAAGAUUCAAAACCUGAUAUGUUAUUUUCUAAUAAAGUAUAAAAUAACUAAUCCAAUACAGGGAGAUAUUAAGAAGAUGAAGUAAUAAGUAUGGAAGAUGACGAAGAUGAUAUAAGUGGAAAUAUGCCAUAAACAAUAGAAUUUAGAUUAAUAAGCAAUUUGACUAACCUAACACAAUAAGAACUUAAUAUUAUUGUACAACCAAUAAGUAUGUUUGAAAGAAAUGAAUAUAAAUCAAAAUCUAAUAAUCGAAUCUAAUAAUCUAUACACAGUAGAAGUCUGAGAUAAAUUGCAUUGAAAGACGGUAGAUUAGAUAGAAAGUCAAUAAAUAUUAAUGAGAUGAUUCAUUCAAUUAAUAAUAAAGAGAAACAUAGUUUAGCAUUAUUAUAAUUGUGUUUGAAUUAAGUAUCAUAUACAAAGUUAAUAAAUUCAUAAACAGGAGAAGAAAAGUUUAAGAAUACUCAUGUAAAUAUCUUGGAUGAGAAAUAAAUUUAAAUAGCCAAAUCCUUUGGGUGUGAAUUAGUUUGUGUUAAUAAAGUUUAGUAAUUCAUUAUCAUUAAUUUAGAAAUACACUCACUUAUAUAUUUUAAUACAAUUUCCAAAUACAUACAUUCAAAUUAAUUGAUAUGUAGAUGCAUCGUUAACAUUAGAGAUUAUAUAUGCUUUUUGAACUUGAUUCUGAGUAUGAACAAUUAGUUAAAUUCCCAUAUAUUCUAUUCAUCAGAGAAUCUAAUAAUAAAAUUCCCGAAAUGAUAGAUGAUUUUAGAAUAGGAUUAAGAUCACUCCCUAUCAUUCCUAAUCAAGACAAUGAAUAAAUUCAUUAAAUUCAUUAUUCUUAUUGUUUAUUCAAUCAUUAAGAUGCUGAAUCAUAUGUUAAUUAAUAAGCAACAUCCUAAUCAAAUACACUUGAAGCAGAAGAAUACAUCUACACUUCAUUAGAGUCAUUGUAAUCUAAUAUUAUAUUAGGUUUUAAAUACAACUUUAAAUCAUAAGCUUAAGAUUUUAUCAAAAAUGUUGAGAAAUCUUAACAACAAUUAUUACUUUAUACUGAAUAAUAUUUCACAUUUGCUAACUCUAUACUUUCUCAAACUGAUAUACAAUAUCAUAAUAAAUUUGUAUUUGAAUAAGAUAAUGAAGAAGAUCUUAGAGCAUAUUUUAAAAGAUCUUUAUAAUAGUUUUCUUUAAUCUUCUAAGAAUAGUAUCCUAUGUUUGGCUCAUAAAUGCAUUCCCUUAAAUAAUUAUCUAAUAUUAACCCAUCACAAUUAUCAAAUAAAAAAACAUCUGAAGAUUUUCAUUCAACUUCUACUAUUGUAGUUAUUUUAAGCAGUUAAGCAUUUAAAAUCAUUGAAAAUAAUAAUUAUAUGAUCAAUCAUCUUAAAUUAUUACUUAGUUUCUCUAAAGUUACAUUAUUAUAUGAUGCAAAUCCGUCAUCAUUAGAACAUUUAUAAAGAUGUUUUGAUUCUCCCAAUAUGACUUUAAAUUUAAUAUUUGAAAAUCAAGGAUUACUGAAAAGUUAUUAAGGAUAUCAUCUUUAAAUUGCUCUAUUAUAAGAGUUUAGUUAUUUUCAACAAUUUAAAUAUGAAAAUGUCAAUAAAUAAACCUUUUUUAAUAAAAUGAUACAAUCAUUGAAAGUUAGACUAAUUUAUGAAAGAUGUACAAUAUUAUAUAUAUAUUUUAAGGUCUCUUUAAUGAAUUAUUAAUAUUCCACAAUUCAGAUGCUAUUUUAUAAGGAUUUAAUGAAUUAAAUGAAUUCCUUUUUUAUUAUGUGCCUUUGCUGAAUAUUCUAUCAAAAUAUUAAAUAAGAAUUGCUUUCUAAAGAACUUUGUUCUUCUCCUCUUUUUCUGUAACAUAAUACAUAAUUGGAGUCGGUCUUUUCAAUAGCAAAUUCAAUUUCAUUUUAGAAUUCAUAUUUUACUCCUUUAUAAAUACUCUAAUUAUUUACAUUUUAGCAACAAUUAAAUUUAUUUAAAUUUAUAACAAUAAUAAAGCAGAUAUACAUUAAUAAAGAACAAUAGAAAGCUUUAUCAAUAUUUCAAAGAAACAACGUCCUUAUGUUUAUUUUGCUAUAAAAUGUAAAUCCUUAAAUUAUUUUUUUAGCUAUCCUUUAAGGUCUCUUGACUUAAUUAAUAUUUGCCUAUCAAUCAUAAAUUUAAACUUUAGAUGUAAUUAUUGUUUAUACCUUUCUAUCAAUUACACUCCACGAUGCAAUUAAUACUAUAAUAAAUACAGAAUUAAUUAUAGCUUCAAGCAUAGCCUACAUUUUAUCCUUUUCAUUUUAUAUAUUGAUUCAUUUUACAAUUAUUAUUCCUAACUCUCAAUUUACAUUUGAGUUGGCUAAUAUUUUUUAAAUCUUGUUGACAAUAUCUGUACUUUAAAUAAGUGAAUAAUGGUUAUAACAUUUUGCGAUGCUUUAAAUGCCUGAUAUGGAUGGAAGAUUUUAAAGAAUUUAUAAUUAAUUCAACCUCUAUAAAAAUGAAAGUUAUUAUCGACAUCAUUUUCUUCUCACAUUACAAAGAGAAAUUAAUAGAGUUUUUGAAAAUUUUGAAUAAGUAGAUCUCAAUAUCCAAAAAUGUAUUUAUAAUUAUAUUUUAAGUAUUAUUAAAUAAGAAAACACUAUCAUAAUCAUUAGGAACUUGGUAAUCCCAAGUAUUUUAAAAAGCCUAAUCGAUUAUGAAAUGGAGAAAGAAAUCAACAAUCUAAGGAUUAUAAUUAAUAUGUUUUCAUUGUCAGAUGUUAAUAAUCAUUUAUUCUCAAUUUAAUUAAACUUAUUACUAUCUCAUAAUUUACAUAGUGUAUUUGAUAAUUUAAGUUGUAUUAUUUUGGUUUUAGUUAAUAACUAAAUUGAAUUCUAGAUAACUAUAGUAUUUGGAAGUAGUCAAGUUUAUGAUUUCUUGGGCUGCUACUUUGAUAGCAAUAAUGGGAUUAUCAAUCACUAAUAUGAAAUCUUUAUAUCACUUUAUAACUGAAUUAUUAGUAAUAUUUUAAUUGUCAAGUAAAUUGCAUCCCAUUUAUGAUAACAGAUUAUACUUAAUUCCUACAAUUGUUGUAUUGAUUGCAUAUUUCAUAUUGUAGAAUUUAAUAUUUAUAUAUAGAUUCAUUAUCGAAAUCGACAUUGCCCCUUAUUUCAUAAUUAUCAACAUUAUUUUGAUUCUACUAUUUUCAGUCUAAUAGUAUAUAGUUAAGAGCUAUGUAAAAUUUAUUAAUAUUUUAGUUCAUAUUAUUAGAAGAAGAUCAAGCAACAAAUUAAAUUAAUUUUAUAGAAGAGAACAAUAAAAUACAUGAUAUUUUGGGUAUUCUAUUACCUAAGUUUAUUAGGCAUCGUUUAAAUGAAAGUAAUCUUUUUUAAAAAAUUAUAUAUUUUAGCUGAUUAAUAUAAUAUACAUUAGAAUUAAGGGGAAGUGGCAAUUGUUUUUUGUGACAUUUGCAAUUUUGAUUAAAUUAUCAUGGAAGAAUAGGAAAAUAUUAUACAAUUUUUAGAUGAUUUAUUUAGAACCUUUGAUAAAUAUUGUGAGAUUUGUGGAGUUUAAAAAAUAGAAACAGUUGGUAAAACUUAUAUGGCAUCAGCUGGUCUUAAAGCAUGUGAAUAAGAAUUAGUCUAUUUAUCAGAAAUUUAACCAGUUUAAAGAGCUCUUAAUCUAGCAGAAAUGAUGAUGAUUUACAUUAGAUCUAAAUUGUAUAAUUAUUAUUUUUAUUAUUAAAAUUAGAUGGGGAAUUAAAAGCCAACCAUUAAUAGGUAAAAUUGGAAUCCAUUAUGGAAGAGCAAUAUCUGGAGUUAUUGGAUUUCAUAAACCUUAAUUUUCUUUGAUUGGUGAUACAGUAAACACAACAAGCAGAGUAUGUUCAACUGGUUAGGAAGAUAAAAUUACUUUAUCAGAAAAAGCCUUUCAAUAAUUGAAUAAUGAUAAAAUCGAAUUUGAUGUGCAAUAUGUUGAAAUGAAAGGUUUAGGUUUAAGACCUACUUAUAUUUACAUCUAAAAAAUUAAUAAUAAGAAUCCAAUUAUGAAAAAUGAUCUUAGCAAUAAUUCUAGCAAACAGAAUACUAUUAACAUUUCAAAUAGAGUGAAAAGUCAGUCCUUCUCAAGAAACGGAUUAAAGAAAAGAACUUCAGUUCUCUAAGAUUUAAAUCAGCGUUCAAGACCAAUUUUACAAUUUUAAUAAUCAUGGAAUUUUUCAUAAUAAUAAUAAACUUCAUAAUUAUGGUAAAAUUCAUAAUCAUUAACUGAUGAACAAUUAAAUAUUAAGGGUCUAUAAAAAUAAUAAUCAAAUGUUAAUUUAAAUUAAUUUAACAAUUUUAAUAUUGGAGAUAAUGAAAAUGAAGACAAAACUAGUUUGAUUUAAGUUCAGAAAAUAGGUUUGAUGCAAAAUUUAGAAAACAUUUUGUAACGUAAAUUUCAUUUUGAAAAAUAUUAACCAGAAGUAGAUCAUUAUAUCGAUUACGAUUAAUUACUUGUAUUUAUUAUUAUAUUUAUUAAGAAUGUAAUUUUAUUAAAAAAUGAAAAUGGAAUAGAAGAAACUGCAAUCUUGGAGAGCUCAUUUAUAGAAUUACUUAAGAAAUCUUACUUUUAAAAUUAGAAUAAUUACAUUGAAUAUCAUGAUUACAUUAAUCAAUAGUCAUAGAAUGUAACUAACAAAAUAAUUCAAAUUUAUACUUUGUAUUAUUUAAUCAAAUAAUUUUGUUUGAUUGGUGAUUAUAAUGUAAUUUCACUCCCAUUAAUCAUAUUGUAAUGGAUAGGGUGUGCUUUGAAUCUAAUAUCUUUAAUGAUAUAUAAAAAAAAAAUAAUUUCUUAUUGGAUAAUGCUGAUAUAUUUAGAGUUAAGUUUUCAAUUAAUAAUUGGAGGACUAUUUAUAAUUUUUGAUUUGAAUAGUUUUUUAAAUUAUUUACAUAUUGUUGAGAUGAUAUUUAUCCAAUCUUUCUUUAGUAAUAUUUAAUUACUUCACUUUUGGAUAAAAAUAUUAUUUUGCUUAUGUAGUUUUUUAUUAGAAGCAGGAAUAUUAAUAUUUAUUGAUGAGAACAGAAUUUCGAUAUUUUUUGUUUUUGUUGCAGUUAUAUAUAAUAUGAAUUAUUCAUACUUUUUGGAAGAGCAACAAGUAGCAUGUUUCAAUUAGAAAAAUAUAUUUUAGAAUCAAUAAGCAAAAGAAUCGUAAUUGUUACAAUAUUUGCUUCCAAAACAUGUAUAAAUUUUGAUAAAUGUAGAUUUUAUAAACAUUUUUCGAUGAUAAUACUAGAGCAAGAUGUUUAAGUGAUAAAAUAGAAAAUGUGACAAUAUUAUUUGCUGACAUAGCUGGUUUUACAGAAUAUUCAAGUAAAGUAACAGCAGAAUAAGUUUUAUUGAUGUUGAAAAAUCUAUUUGUAGAAUUCGAUAGAAAAUGUUAUGAAUUAAAUGUUUAUAAACUAUAUACAAUAGGAGAUUGUUAUGUAGCAAUAGGAAUGAUAGAUUUUAAUGAUAGGAAUCCAAGUUAAGAAGCUAAGAAUAUAGUGGAUUUGGCAUUUGAAAUGAUAAGAGUAAUAGAAGUAGUUAGGAAAUAGAUAGAAUUUGAUGGAUUAGAUAUGAGAAUAGGAAUUCAUACAGGAUGUGUUUUUGGAGGAGUAAUGGGUACAGACAUUGUAAGAUAUGAUAUUUAUGGUCCUGAUGUAUUAAUAGCAAAUAAAAUGGAAUCAAAUGGAAAAAAAGGAUAAGUUCAUGUAAGUGCUGCUACUAAACAAUUGUUAUAGUAGGAUUAUGAAGAUAAAUAUUCAUUUACCUACCACACCAAAGUUACAUUGUCUUCAAUUAAUAGAAGUAUUGAAGGUUUUAUUGUGAAAAGUUAAAUUGAAGAUUAAUAUCCAUCUGAUUAGAUUAUUGAUUAAUAAAUCUAACCUAUGCAUUAAGAGCAUUGA